CCUCAGCUGGCCUCAUGUGCUCAUUAAAAGCACAGACGGUCCCCCAGGGAGGAGAAGAAAGAUGUUUGUAGAAACCUGCCGCUCGCUUGCUGCUACACAUCCUCCAUGACACAAGAAGAAGAAGCAGCAGCGUGGCGGUGUCGCCCGCAGCAGGGGGUCGAUGAUGUUGUGAGCCCAUGGCGGCGCACGCUGGACGAGGUGGCGGCGCGACGGCGUCAGCGCGGGGAGUGCGAGCGCGCUCAGGAGGCGCUGGUCAAGGUGACCUCCUGCUUCCAGCAGCUGGCGGCAUCGUUGGGCAGCUCGGCGGACUGCAGCUUCCUCCGAGAGGAGCUGGACGAGACGAGGUCCCUGGCACACGGGAUGUGCGGCGGUUUGUUCCGACGUCUCAUGAGGCUUCUUCCAGACUGUGACUCUGCCCCUUCAGGGGCAGAGGACAAGUUAGCGUUGGAACGACUGUGGGUUCACUUCCUGUCGGCAUUAGAGCACUUCCUGUCUGACCUGCGCAAGGCCAGCCACUUGAUUGGACACUUCCCGCUGACGCAGCGUAAUGACAGGCGCUCAUUGGUCAACACAGGAUGUCUGGAUGGCGUGGUGGGCGUGGCAGCUCGGGCGGCCUCCAUCCAGACACCCUGGCCCAGCUUGGAGGAGGAUCAGACUCCUGGUCUGGACCAGCACAUCGAAGGCUUGGAGACACUGUUGAGCGACAUGCAGCUGAGGGUCCCGGUGCCAUUCUGGUCCGUGGAGGCCACCCAGCCGGCGUGGGUGGAGGGUCAGGAGGAGCAUGUGGAGCCUGAUGACAGCUUGGAGGACCUGAUGGAGGUUGAGGUGGUCCCAGGCGAUAAGAUGGCCGCCUGCUGUCAGCCGCUGUGCUUUGGACUGGGAUGCGUUGGCUAGGAGGCCACGUUUAAAUAAUGACAGCGCUAGCUUAGUCACUAACACGGAAAAGUCAGUUCAAAGAAUAAAAAGAUCACCAAACACCAAAAAAAAAAAACAGUGUCUAAAGUUAUUUUCUUGAUUCCAAAACUAGGAAGUUGACAAAAUAAUUGCUUUCCUCAGUAACUAAUUGCGGUGGAACAGUGGUUAGCCUCAUUAAUUCAUUCCAGAAGGUCCGACUAAUUGAAACGGGCGCUAACUGAAUCAAAUUUUCCCUUAAGAAAUAAUGUAAAUCCAAUUCAUCUGUUCCAGAAAGACAAAAACUUUAACACAAAUCACAUUUUUUAAACCAUUCCAAAUGCAGAUAAAUGAUGAAUGAAAGCUAUAAAUGAACAUUUGAGGUUACUUUUACCUUCUUCAUUGAAGACGUCAUUCCUGAUGCGAGUGUUCCCGCGUGGCAGCGAGACACAGCACAGACACCACCUUUUCUGUUUUGCCAUUAUUAUUUUUCUUUAAUUCAAAUGUUUCUCAACUCAAUUACCCUAAACGGAGCCACCCCCCAAAAAGGUUUCUAAUAACAGCAUUUUGAUAAAGGUGAAAAAAAACAUUCCUGAACUGAAUUGAAUAAAUCUGCUCGUGGCUCCGCCCAGUGCCCAACUCCCGGAAGUGUGUAGGCAGCGAACACAAUAAGUACUGGAAACACCAAAAUAUGAGCAUAUAGCAUAAGACGUAUCAGGCUUUUGGAAUUAAAGUUAUGGAAAACCUGACGUGACACAGAAAUGCUAAUUGGACACUCAAAUAAUUUCAGUCAUUCUUUCAAUUAUCGUUAUUUCAUUUGGCUUUUUAUGGGUAAAAUGAUGAUGGAUCAGGGAAGUGCUAGCAAGUCCUAAACGUAGUGAUCCAAUCACGUGAUGUAAAUACAGUAUAAGUGACAAGUUCUAGUUCCCUUCAAUCUCUGAGCUCUUUGUGACGCUUCAAGAAGCUCAAACUCAAGUGACUGUUUGAAUUAAGAACUUUAUUGAAGCAGCAAAGGCAAACAUAAAAAUAUUGUACAAACAAGACACACAAAGGAUAAAAAAGUAGAAGUUCACUUCUGGAAGGUUGCAUGUAGAUGAGCUUUAUAGGCUGGAAAACAAAUGAAAAUAUGAACUGUAUGCUUCCAAUCUCAUCGUCCAAGUGUAUAGUGACAAUAAAAGCUAUUCCUUUCUAUCAGCACCAUCUUCUA